AUGGAGUUCAAUGCUGAGUCAGAGAUUUGCGAAAAAUGUGGCGUCGAGGGUUACUCAGAACUUCUGGUUUACUGUUCCCAGUGUAAAGUGUCCCUUGAGCAUCGCUACUGCUUAGACAAGUUGCCAGAACAAGAUGUUCUAGAAGUCAUUUGGUCAUGUGAGCAAUGUGCACCUAGGGCAUCAUCUCCCUUCAACGGGCUUGGUUUACAUCAAUCUACGAGAAGUGAAUGUCUGAGGAAUAGGAAGAGGAAAAAGACGAUCAAUUUCUCAGAAGCUGAGAUACAUGUGCAGAAUUGUGACAAUGCUACUGUAAUACAAUCUCAUAAGGUUUGUUUGAAGGGAGACACACAGAUGAAUGACAAUGUGCCUGACCCUGCAGAGGUAGCAACUGAUCCUCUUCCAUGUGAGGAAAACUAUAUGCAGUGCUCUUCUGAUGGUAGUAGUGAAGAAGCUAUGAAGUCGAAAAAACAGAGAAGAAAAUUAAUACUGUAUGAUGGGGGGAGUUCAGAUGAGGAUACUGAAUCUGCCAAAGACAGCGACUCUGCAGUAGUGCCAGAUGUCAGGAAUGCUCCUUUUGGCUGCUCAAGCCAUGAACUAUCUCCAGAAUGUCAUUACUAUGGCCCUGCACAGCCAAUCAUUGAUCCUAUCUGGAGGGGUUGCUUUAGCAUAUGUAAUGAAAAAUCUGGUAAAGUAGUAGGUACUAUUGCCCAUUUAUCAAACAAAGCAUGCUUCAAAGUAUUUGAGGGGGCAAAUGCACUGCCAGUUUUGGUUGGAGUGGAAAUGCUGCCAAGGCUUAAUGCCUGGCCAAAAAGUUUCAGAAGAUCAUUGCCCACUGAUGAGAGUAUUGGUCUUUAUUUCUUCCCUGAAAGCAAAUGUGAUGAAGCAGUAGUGUUUGAUGGGCUUCUCCAUGAAAUAAUUGAUCGGGACCUUGCACUGAAAUAUGUAACUGAUAAUGCAGAGCUCCUAAUCUUCUCUUCUCUUCAAUUGCCACUACUAUUCCAGAGAUUUCAUGGGAAGUAUUAUCUCUGGGGUGUAUUUAGGGGGAAGCAAGUUUCACUUCCCCCACAACCAGCUGACCAUAUUUUGAUACAAGAAAACAGCAUCGAGUGUGCCAUGCCAUCUACAUCAGCGCAGGUAAUUUUGGCAGCCGAAAAGGGAGGGACCCCCAUUAAGACCUGGAGCCAGCGGAGUCCUGUCAGUCCAUUAAGCAUGAGAAGCAUCUAUGGGACCUUGAGAAGCAGCAUGCAUAUGAAGGAGAGGAAAAGCAACAUGCAUAUGAAGAAAAGAGGAAAAACAGAAAGAAUAUGAAGAAGAGGAAAAGCUGGAUGAAUAUGAAAAAGGGGAGGUGAAGAUGGAAGCUUGUGAUGUGGUUUUAUCACACAAUUGGCGAACGAACCAUGGCUGGAUUCGUUUGAUGCAAGCAAGCAAGGAAAAUUUUGAUAUUCGUCGAACCCUGUUUGGAGUUGUUUUCAUUUGGAAUGGAAGAUAUUGCUCUUGUUUCAGAAG